UUUGGAAAGGGCUCAGGUUGUUUCCAGGGGGAGAACUCUGCAGAACAGAGACGAAGUUCAAGAAGACAACAAAGGAGCAGCAGGAACAGCCAGAAAAACCAAGAGCCCCCACUUUUCAUACAGAAGCCCCCCAUCAGAGUUCUCAGAUCCUAAAGUAUUCUGCAAGCUGCCACUUGACCGGAACUCUUGGCCUGCCUCUUCCUUUCUGGAACCACCAUGACGGAGAUCACUGCUGAAGGAAAUGCAUCCACUACUACAACUAUUAUAGACAACAAAAAUGGAUCUGUGCCCAAAUCCCCUGGAAAAGUGCUGAAGAGGACAGUCACAGAAGACAUAGUGACCACAUUCAGCUCCCCAGCAGCCUGGCUUCUAGUCAUUGCUCUGAUAAUCACAUGGUCAGCUGUUGCCAUUGUUAUGUUUGAUUUAGUGGAUUACAAAAACUUUUCAGCAAGCUCUAUUUCCAAGAUUGGCUCAGAUCCUCUAAAAUUUGUACAUCAUGCUGUGGAGGAAACCACGGACUGGGUCUAUGGCUUCUUUUCUUUGUUGUCUGACAUCAUCUCCUCUGACGGUGAUGAAGAAGAUGAUGAUGAUGGGGAUGAAGACACUGAUAAAGGAGAAAUAGAAGAACCUCCCUUGAAAAAAAAAGAAAUACACAAAGACAAAACUGAAAAGGAGGAGAAACCUGAGAAACCCGAAAGGAAAAUUCAAACUAAAGUUACCCACAGAGAAAAAGACAAAGGAAAAGGAAAAGAAAAAGAAAAACCUGAAAAGAAAGCAAUUCACAAGGAAAAAAUUGAGAAAAAAGAAAAACCAGAAACAAAGACAGUGGCAAAAGAAGAGAAGAAAACUAAGACUAAGGAAAAGACGGAAGAAAAGACUAAAAAGGAACAGAAAGGUGGGAAACAGGAGAAAGUGAAGCAAACAGCUGCAAAAGUAAAAGAAGUACAGAAAACAUCACCUAAACCCAAAGGAAAGGAGGAGAAAGAAACCACAACUGUGUCUAAACAUGAACAGAAAGGUAAACAUUGAGACGAGGCGGCUGGAGGUUCUAAGAGACUAUUGGGCAAGAAGCAGAUACAGUGA